AGCAGUGACAUUUUUAUAUUGACAGACGUACUAAAAAAAGGGCUUGAAGGAAGGAAGAUUCUCUCUAGUCGGCGAAGGAAGAUCUCGUCUCAUCUCGUCCAAAAAGCAAGGCUUUUUCUCUUUUCUUUGUUUGUUCUCAUAAUUUUUGUGGAUGUCACGAUAAUUUCCUGUGUUAUUUUAAUCACUAUUCUUGUAACCAACGAGCUUGUUCCGAAAAGAACUUGAAAUGGAAGGUGACGGAGCCGACUCUUCUAAUCCUAAGUCUUUUUCUGGAAUUCCUGAAGCAAUUUUUGUUGACAAUGUUGAUGAAUUUAUGACUCAACCAGAAAAUACCAAUGGGGUUGAUAAAGUGCUAAGGAAACUGGAUGAGCAACAUGGGAAAUAUAAGUACAUGGAGUUGUCUUUAGCUACAAGAAGGCGCCGUUUGCGGCAGCAAAUACCAGACUUAGCUAGAUCUUUGGAAAUGAUUGAAAAAUUAAAGACACAAAAGGAGGAAACUGAAACUAAAUUUCUUUUAAGUGAUCAAGUAUUUGUUAAGGCUAAUAUAAAACCAACAAAGACAGUGUAUCUUUGGCUUGGAGCAAAUGUCAUGCUGGAGUAUACUUUAGAAGAUGCUGAAAAACUAUUGACAUCAAAUAUGGCAACUGCAAAGAAAAAUUUAGAAUGUGUUGAACAUGAUUUAGAUUUCUUAAGGGAUCAGUGCACAACCACAGAAGUCAAUAUGGCGCGUGUAUAUAACUGGGAUGUUAAGAAACGUCAGGCUGCCAAAGCAUCUAGUUAAUAUGGGAUUUGACUCCAAAGUUGGUGCAUCACUUUGAAUCUGCUGUUAAGAGGAAAUUUAAUAACAUGCAACUGUCUAUUCUUUUAAUGUAGUGAUUUUAUAUUGAUAAUAUGCAGGUGGCGAUUGAAGUUCGUGAAUUAAUACGCUAAAACUGUGCUCUUGAAUACUUGUAAGUGGAAACACCAAAGAGAGUCUACAAUAAGGAUUUUGACUUUUCUUUUCAAUUGGUACCAUCCUAAUUAGUUUUCGAAUAACUUAAAAAAGGGAAAUGUUUAUAAAUCCAAAGCAGACAGGGCGAAAUGAGCAUGUGACGUCACGCGUUCCUACACACUUCCUACAUAUACCGCUCUUACUAAAUUCCCGUUUUGCGAGAUAGGGACAGAUACUAUAGAGCUUAGUUAGAAUUUUUACCUGUUUUUAUUUCAAUUAAAAUUUUCGCUAUUUCGUCCUUUUUCCAUAAUUUGUUGAAUUCAAAAUCAGCCAACAUCCCUAUUGAAUUUUUCAAGUAUAUUUUUUUUAUCAAAAGAUGUAAAUUGAUGCCUGUAAUCAGAGUCACUAUUGAAUCUAUCGGAAGACAUCUAAUUUAAUGUUUAUUUCAUUCACAGGUCUUCAAACUGCAUGCUGAUUGUUUCUCAGAAUGACUGUUCACAAUUAGUUUAGAUAUAAACGUAACAAUAGAUUAGUUACAAUAUAUUAUACUUUUACUUUAUUACUAAGAAGUAUUCCUUAAGUUUCCUAGGUCGUAUAUAAUGUCAGUAAAUCCUAAAUUUAUGCGGUAAACAGUGAACAAAUUCUGUAUAAAAUAUCUGCCAUCUUUGUUAAAUAUAUAAAAAUAAAUCCCAGUGGAAGGUAGGACUGAAAGAAUUACAUAGUACAUUGGACUUACA